AUGGGAUUCUCCUUUGCAGUUUCCUUUGGUUCCGAUAUUGUGCUCAGAAGAAGCACUCAUCAAACCAGAUUAAUCAACUGCACAACAACAUACCACAACAAUAACACCCUUGCUUUCAACUUCUCUAAGCAUAAUAAACCAAUUUUCGCAUCAAAGCAAGAAUCGAUUCAAUUUGAUGAAAGGAAGAGCCCAAACGAGGUUAAAGAAGAGAUAAAACAAUGUUAUGAACUCAUAAACAGAUUGGGAAGAGGAAUUGUGUAUCUCGGUUCUUCUAGAAUGGACUCCACCCAUUCGCACUAUGUACAAACACAAGAUUUAGCUAAAGAGAUAGCAAGUCUUUUGGAAUGCACUACAUGGUCGGGGGCUGGACCGGGACUAAUGGAUGCUGUUUCUCAAGGUGCUCUGCUUGCAGGAAAACCAGUUGGUGGAUUCAAGAUAGGAAGAGAAGCCGGGGAAUGGACAACAUCCAACUUUCAUCCAUACUUACCCGCAGAAAACUACCUUACUUGCAGGUUUUUCUCUGCAAGGAAGCACGGGAUGGUCGAUGCUGUAGUGAGGAACAAUUCAUUUGAUAAAACUGCUGUUGUUGCCCUUCCUGGUGGGAUUGGUACUCUAGACGAGAUGUUCGAGAUGCUGGCAUUAAUUCAACUAGAACGAAUUGGAUCAAAGCAUCCUGUUCCCUUCCUGUUGAUGAACUACGAUUCGUUUUAUUCAAAACUUCUCGACUUUUUAGAUGUUUGUGAGAAUUGGGGAACUGUCUCUAAAGGAGAGGUUGCAUCAUUGUGGAAGGUCUGUAAUAGCAACUCAGAAGCUUUGGCUUACCUUGCAGAUUUCUACCGCAUUUCUUUAGAUGAUACAAGUCAAAAGAACGAAACUAAAUUGCAUAGUACACAUGAUUUAAUCUCUUGA